CUUCGUUACGUAAAAAAGAAUUAAAAAAAAAGAUUUAAAUAAGAAAUAAAAAUAUUUUUAUUAUAGGUUAGGGUAGGGUUAAGAGAGAGUGGGAGUGGGGGAAUAAUUAUUCUUAACGAUAAGUAUAAAUAUAUGUUCACAAGCUGAGUCAAAUGAAGUUUUGCAUUUUAUCGACAUUCAAAUGAUUUCUUGUUAAUUAAAUAAUUCGAAUAUUAUUAUACAUUAAAAAAUAAUAUUAUUUUAUGUAAUUUAGAAUACAGUGAAAGUAAAAGAAAUUACAUCUUAUAUAUAUAUAUAUAUAUAGGUAUAUGUAGUUGGUAAAACUUUCACUAUGAACAAAUAUGAUUGUGCAAGAAAAGAAAAAUGAAGUGGGGAUAAAUUGAUGAGUGUUUGAUAUCAUAUAUAUAAAUAUAAAUUCAAAUAAAAUCAUUGUGUGUAUAAAAAAUCGUUUUAAAUAUCAUCAUUAAUUAAAAACGUAAAAAUUCUUUGAGUGAAUAUAAAUCAUGGCAUUAAAAAUAUAUAAAAUGAAAAUGUAUAAUGUGAUAUUUUUAACGAUCAUUGUAAUAUUCCUUGGAUUAAUUGUCGAAAUUAAUGCAACAGUUGCACAACCAAAAGCACCCAAUUUCCAAUAUUUUGAAAGGCCAAAGUAUCGUUAUCCGUAUUACGACGAGAACGGAAGAGGUAAACUCUUGUACGGCUACGGAGGUCCCGAUUUGUACGAAUAUAAAACGUUCACUAUACUCGAAGGCAUACAUUAAAUUCUAAGAAUCAUUUUUUUCAUUUUUUUUUUUCAUGUGUGCAUAUGUGUGUGUAUGUUUUCUUUUUUUUAAUCUUUUAUUUUUAUUUUUUGCUAAACAGUGCACUUUUAAAUACUAAUCAUAAUGCAUUUGAACACUUCAAUGGCCGCACGUUUACGUAGUCAAAUGUUGUUACACCAAGUGUUGGACAAUAUUUAUUGAAAAAAAAAAUUUAAAUUUCGCGCCACGCGAAAUUAUUUUCGUCAAAUUUUUCGAAAAUCUUCGUCAGGCCACGUGUAGCAAAAAAAAAAUGUGGAAUGUCAGGCACAUGCGUCUGACAUGGUCUGAAUGUGAAGUUCAGGGGUCAGUCAUCAAUGACUGACGUAGUACUCAACGCAUUAAUCAAAUUUCAUCAAAAUUCAUGUAAAAUACAACAUGUCCGAGCAUACACAUAAAACAUAAAAAUACUAGCAAAUUAAUAACAAAUUUAUAAUAAAAUAUUGGAUUGUCCGGAAAGUUUGUGUCGAUUUUAAUGAAAGAUUGAAAUGUUUUACAAUUUGAGUUCUUUUUAUUGAUAUAUAUUUAUUAAAUUAUAUAUAAGUGCCAUUUUAUUUCACAAUUUUUCUCCAUUUUUAAGGUUGACUACAAAAUUUUUGUCCUUUCAGAACUUUUCAGGUUUUUUUUCUUUUUUUAGCAAAAGAACAUUAAUGCCAUCUAUCGGAAAUCGGCACGAACUUU